AUGAGUGAACUUACUUCAUUAACGAGUACGCCUUCCCAGACCGAAGGAUCGUACUCCCCUCUCUUCUACCACACGCAGCCAACGAAACGAGCGGAGAAUAUUUCCGAGCACGCGGAGCACUGGCCGCACGACGGCGACGUCAAGGUCACCGUUUCCGAGCAUCUCGUGUCGCACACCACUGACGAUGAUUUUCCUCGCGGAGAUUCGUCCAAAUUGAAGCCCGAACCGCAGGCGGAGAGGGCUGAGGCUCGUAAAUCCGCGACGCACGUCUCUCAGCAGAGCGUCGAUUAUCCAACGGCUGGCAGCGACUGGAACGAGUUCGACAAAUCGCCCGCAAUUUUCAACUUCCAAGAGCGCCCCGUGCGCGACGCGGGGUGGCUGUUGGCGGUGGCUGUGGCACUGCCAGUGGUCAUCCUCGUGGGCGCGGCCGCCUUCACCUUCGACUCCUCCAUCCGCAUCCGCGAUGCGCUCGGUUUCCUCCUCUUCUAUCCGUUGGUGUUUCUCCUCCUCUUCGCCGUCAGCCUUCCCCUCCCCCUGUUGCUCGUGUCUUACCUCCGCAAAAUCUCCGCGCGCACCUUGAAGACUCUCAUGGUAGUCGCCGCCGUGAUUUUCGUUUUUCAAAGCGUGAGCUCCGCCGUGAGCAUCCUCGCGUCGCGGAAUGCGGAGGAAGGAACCGAGACAUACGGACUGCAGAAGUAUGCGCCGUACUUCGGGGGACACACUGGCUUUAACGCACCAGGCAGCGACGGGGCGGACUUUGGGACGGAAGGGGGGAUGAUGGAAUCAGGCAUGGAAGGGGGCAUGGAAGGGGGCAUGGAAGGAGGCGUGGAAGGAGGCAUGGAAGGAGGCAUGGAAGGAGGCAUGGAAGGAGGCAUGGAAGGAGGCAUGGAAGGAGGCAUGGAAGGAGGCAUGGAAGGAGGCAUGGAAGGAGGCAUGGAAGGAGGCAGUAUGGAGGCGGCAGCAGAGGCUGACAGCAGCAGCACGUACAACGGCAGCAGCAGCACUGCGGCCUCGAGUGACCUCGGCAGGGGCCUCCUGGGCAGGGGCCUCCUGGGCAGGGACCUCUUCGACCUUGCGCUGCCCAUGGUGGCACACCCCGUGAUAACCAUAACCGCGCGCCACGCCAACCGCUGGGUGCGCGAUGUUCAUUUCACGGCUGAGAGAAAUGCGCGCGGGCGGCUCUUGCAAAGCAACGACGGGCUUUUCUCGCUGCUGCCCCUCGGAAGCUACAUCAACAUCUUCCAGUUCGUGUUCUCAGCGCUUCUCGGUGCUGCCGCACUGCUCCUUGUUGUGCGCUACAGCCAGCACCUGCCGCUCGCUGCCGCUACCAUCGCACACGCCUCCCAUGCAGCCAUCGCCAGGGCCCCUGUCAUACUGUUUAUGCCGUUCCUCGUUAUGUUUGCUCCGUCAUUCGUGGCCCUGCCUUUGACGUUUAGUGUUCACUCUAGUUCCAACCUCGUCCUCUCGGCCCUGCUGCUACUCUCCUGCCUCUUCCUCUCCCAAGUGCUGUCAGCCAUACUCACAUACUCCACAGCCGCUGUCUAUGCACGCCUGUACGUCACGAGCAGCACCAACAACGGCAGUGGCAGCAGCGAGGGCGGGCAGACGGGUGGAGGGGAAGAGCGCAUGACGCUGGGAGACCAGCUGCGGCUUUUCUUCUCAGCACUCAGCCUCGCAUGCACUUCAUCCCUUGGCACCUGUUGUGCUGUUGCCGUCACCACAGGCAUUGUGGGCCUUGUUGAGAUGACUCUUUCUACCCUCGUCCUGGCUCUCUUUGGCCCAGGCAUCAUAGGCUGCCUACUUGUGGUGCCGCUUCAGUGCACGAAUCUUGCCAUCCGCCUUUUCCUUAACUGCCUCCUGCUCCCUACCAGUGCAAUGAGCGGCCAUGGCUUCACCCGCUCACUGCGCCUCUCGUUAGACAUCCUGCAACGCUACACGUUGCCCAUUGUGACAUCCAAUGCUGCUGCUUUCGCCCUCCAUUCCAUCCUCAUGGGUGCAAUGGCCUUCAUAGGUCUAUUAUUCGGGCUAUUUGUGGUUUUGGCACUUUCCAUGCACGGAGCUGGCCUAGAGGGACUAUUUAUGUCCAUUUUUGUCUUCGUGAUCGUUGGUUCUGUUUAUCUCUUCGCCGCUGUAGAACUCUCAUCGGUCCUUACUACAGGGGUGGCUACCACAGUGCUGUGUUUUGCCUGGGACAAGAAGCUAGAGGCAGAAGAGGGAUCCGAUGUUGUGGGCCUGGUGGGUGCUGGUUCUCCAUCCUCUGCUCAUGUGAAGGAUAUUAGUGUGGUGCAGGAGGUGUGA